UCAAUUGCGGAACAAAUGUUGGCCAAACACGUGUUUCACUGGGACAAUAGUGAGUGGUGCACACUUCCUUCGCCCGGCCACAGAACAAGAGAAAAAGUCCCAUUUAAGAGUUGCUGGUGUAACAAUAGGAAGAAUAUAUUCCACUCCUCUCUUCUACACGCGGCUUAUGAGAUGAACGCUCGUCAAGAAGAACGUCCCCUUCAGCAGCAGGAGGAUCCACAGCCCCCCCACAUUAAAGAAAAAAAGGAGGAUCUUUGGGUUACUCAGGAGGAAGAGUGUCUUCUAGGGCAGGAGGAGGCGGAUCUCAGCAAGUUUCCACUGACUGUUGUCUCUGUGAAGACUGAAGAGCAUGAAGACAAACCACCUGAGUCCUCACAGCUUCAUCACAGUCCAAAUGUCUGUGAAGAACACCUUCUGACUGAAAAACAGGAGUGUAGCUUCAGGAUGGUGAAGGAGGAUCCUUCUAAGAGGACGACCAGGUGCCACAGACCCUCUGGCGUCUCUUUUCCUCUUUGACAAAGACCCUUCCCUGUAAAAAGGAAGAGGAAGAUUCACUGACCCUCCACAUUAAAGAGGAAGCGAUGGAACACAACAUCAGUCAGGAGGGGAGAUCAUCUUGAAGGACUGGUGGAGUUCCCAGUGACUGGUGUCCCUGUGAAGAGUGAAGAUGAAGAGGUCAAAGGUAAAAGUGAGGAGAAGAGAGAGGCGGAGCCUCCAAGCAGCAGCUCAACACAACACAUGACAACAGAAGCUGAUGGAGACCACUGUGGAGGAUCACAAGCAGGCAAGCUCUUAGCUCCACUAUCAGAUAGUGAGGACACAACGUCACACUCUCCUGACACUGAUGAUGAAGACUCUAAAGAUGAUAAGACAUGUCACACUGACAACACUCACUUCAAAUGUUCUCACUGUAACAAAUCCUUUCGUUCCCGUUCUUAUCUGAAAGUACACAUGAGAACACACUGGAGAAAAAAUGUUUUCCUGCUCAGAAUGUGGUAAAUGUUUUACUAACAGUCAGAGUUUGAAAGUGCACAUGAGAACACACACUGGAGAAAACCCAUUUUCCUGCUCAGAAUGUGGUAAAUGUUUUACAAUAAGUAAGAGUUUAAAAGUACACAUGAGGAUCCACACCGGAUAAAAACAUUUUUCCUGUUCAUUUGGUGGUAAAGGUUUUACACAAAAAAAUGUGUUGAACGAACACAUUUCAGUACACACUGGUGAAAAGCCUUUUACCUGUUCAAUAUGUGGUAAAAGUUUUACACACAGUCAGACUUUGAAAAAACUCACAAGGUUACACACUGGUGAAAAACCUUUUAUCUGUUCAAUAUGUGGCUCUUCUUUUCCAAGGAAGGAAUCUUUGAAAGUGCACAUGAGAACACACACUGGUGAAUAACCGUUUUCCUGUUCAGUCUGUGGUAAAGGUUUUGCAGAAAUUCAACAUUUGAAAAGACACAGGGAAACGCACACUGGUGAAAAAAGACAUUCCUGUUCAAUCUGCAACAGAAGCUUUUGUGACCUAUCAAUCCUUAGAGCACACAUGACAACAAACCCAGGAGAGAAAGAACGAUCAAACCUUGUAGUACACAUGAGAAGACACACAGGAGAGAAAGUGUUGAAUUGCAGUGUGUGUGGUGAAAGAUUCUCUUAUAAGUACCAGUGUAAGAAACACAAGUGUGCUGGUGAGAUCAGCAGCAGCAAAUGAAACUGCAGGAUUUGAAAUAACCCUAAUCCCUAACCUCAAAUCAUGAUUUUGAGUCUUUAUUGUUUGACUUCAGGCUUCACGGUGGAAGAGGGGUUAGUGCGUCUGCCUCACAAUACAAAGUUCCUGCAGUCCUGGGUUCAAAUCCAGGCUCGGGAUCUUUCUGUGUGGAGUUUGCAUGUCCUCCCCAUGAAUGCGUGUUUUCCCUCCGGGUACUCCGGCUUUCUCCCACCUCCAAAGACAUGCACCUGGGGAUAGGUUGAUUGGCAACACUAAAUUGGCCCUAGUGUGUGAAUGUGAGCGCGAAUGUUGUCUGUCUAUCUGUGUUGGCCCUGCGAUGAGAUGGCGACUUGUCCAGGGUAUACCCCGCCUUCCGCCAGAUUGUAGCUGAGAUAGGCGCCAGCGCCCCCCGCGACCCCAAAAGGGAAUAAGCGGUAGGAAAUGGAUGGAUGGAUGGAUGUUUGACUUCACAUGUUUCCAAAUAUCCCUGCCAAGGAGGGGCAGCAAGGUGGACAAAAAUAUAUGAGUAGAGUGACCAUCUUCAGAAAAUGUGCCGAAUAUCUUUACACACCUCGGUCUUCUCUCCAGCACCAUUAGAACAAAAAGGGACGUUUUUGUCAUGAAAAAGGAAGGUUUUUGUGGUUGGUGCACUAAUUGUAAGUGU